UCUAUACCGGGUCAAAGAAGCUCUCGAAUGAAUCAAAAUAUUCAUUCAAGCCAAAAAAGAGAACAAAAGCAAACAAGAGCGUGUUGAAAGAAACAUUGAUCUUAUUUAUAAAUUUGUCAUCCUGCUUUGAAGAUUUGAGCAUAGAGAAUAUUUUCACAAACCUCUACUACACCACAUCAAAAUCAAAACUGAGUGCGUUGGUGCCCAAUUAUUCCACCAUAUCAUCAUGUCCACAAGAUGGUAUCCAUUAUACCAGAGAGGAAAUCCCCAGUUGCGUGUUUUUCUACCUAACUUCUUCAUGAAGUUAGUCAAACCACGCUUCACACAGCCACCCAAUGUAGUUACUUUUGAGGUUUCGAUGGAAAUGACCCGGUAUGAUGUGAAGAACUACUUGGAAAAAAUUUAUAAAAUCCCUGUCAUCACUGUUCGUACUGAAGUCACUCCAGGAGAAUUGAAUAGAAAAUAUGGUUAUGUUACUAAAGAAGAUGAUGUGAAAACUGCAUUUGUGGAAUUGGAGAAAUCUGUCAAUUUCACUUUUCCUGACUUAUUUGCUUCAAGUGCAAAAGAUGAUGACUACAAGAAGGAAAUGAAGAAUUUAGAAGAAAUGAAACGAGCUCAUAGAAAACAACUAGAUAGAAAUGGAUACAGGCCUGGCAUUCCAGGAUGGUUUACUUUUUAAUUUGUUUUUGUGCUCAGGUUGUUGCAAAUGUAGUCAUCAUUUAAAAUUAAAUUUGCGAAGCUAAUUAA